AUGGAUAAAUGGGAUCCUCUAUUGGUCAAUACACUAGCCGCAACGCGACCCGUUAUCCUUAUUGACUAUGUCGGGGUCGGAAAAAGUGUGGGCAAAGUCGCAACCUCAUUCAAAGACUCAGCCGACGACAUGAUUGCUGCCUUAAUUCAGAUUGGUGUCAAAGAAGUCGACAUCCUCGGCUUCUCGAUCGGAGGCUUCGUUACCCAGAUGGUCGCAUUGAACGCGCCAGCCAACAAGCUGAAGGUCCGCAAGAUAGUCCUCUGCGGUACAGGUGCUAGUGCUGGCCCCGGAAUCAAGCUCUCGCCCAACAACUACAUGCCGGCUGCUACCACAGAGAAGAUUGACUUGGUCAACUUCAAAGAGUUGUUCUUUGCACACAACCCCGCGGGCGAGAAACACGCUGAGGAGUGGUGGGCCCGUCUCUCGGAGCGAAACGAGGCGACCAGCGGUGAGGCGCCUAGCCAGUGGCUCUCCUGGGGCUUCACGGAUGAUGGAGAGGGUUUGAAGAACCAAGGCAUCUCCAUUGAGAAGUUCCUGACCGCGGAGACCAGCCAGGGGGUUGAAGGAUCCUAUGGCCGGCUCCCAAGCUUCGACAUUCCUGUCCUCAUUGCCAACGGGUCGACGGUGCCCAACGGCCGCCUCCUUGUGUACCCAGACAGCGGCCACGGCUUCCUCUAUCAGUACGCUGAAUCAUUUGGCAAGUUGGUUGCUCAUUUUCUUGACGAAUAA